AUGUGGGAGUUAUGGAAAAGAAGGAAUAGUCAUAAAUAUGGUGAGGUGGUGACAAUUAGUCGAGUUAUAUAUCAAGUUUCUACUACCUUACAGUCUCUUGUCAAAGUAAGGAAACCUACUCUGCAAAAUGUGCCUCACAGAUGGCCUGACUUAAUACAAAAAUUGGAGCAAUAUACUCUAGCUUUGAAGGUAACAAAAGUAAUCUGGGAAUUCCCUACUGAAGGAUGGAUCAAGGUCAAUACAGAUGGUGCGAGUAGGGGAAAUCCUGAAAGGAGUUCCGUAGGCUAUGUGCUGAGAGAUGAGGAAGGAGAUGUAAUCUUUACACUAGGAAGGGAGAUACCACAAACUACAAAUAAUGAGGUAGAGACUAUUGUAAUUCUGGAGGCAAUGAGAUACUGUGUUGGGAAUUGCAGCGUACUAAAUGGUGCAGCAUAG